AUGACCCAAUGGAAGAUUCUACGUUCUGAAUUUGAUAUAAUCUAUGUGAACCAGAAGGUAGUAAAAGGGAGUGCAAUAACAGAUUUUCUAGCCAGUAGAGCUCUAGAAUAUUACGAGCCCUUGAACUUUGAUUUCCCAAAUAAAGAUCUGAUGUAUUUUGCAACCAUUGAAGAAGAUGCUCAAGACGAACAUCCUUGGAAACUAAAUUUUGAUGAGGCCUCCAACGCUAUGGGUAAUGGAAUCGGGGCAGUCCUAGUAUCCCCAAACGGAGAUCAUUAUCUCUUUAAAAGUAAAUUGGAUUUUGAUUGCAUGAAAAAUAUGGCGGAAUAUGAAGCACGCAUCAUGGGUAUCCUUGCAGCCAUAAAAUGCAAGAUCAAAGUAUUGGAGGUAUAUGGGGAUUCCGCACUAGUGAUCUAUAAACUCAAAGUUGAAUGGGAGACAAAAGAUCCCAAGUUGAUUGAGUAUAGAAGGCUGGUCUGGGAGUUAAUUAAAGAGUUUAAUGACAUCACCUUCUGUUACCUCCUGCGAGAUAAAAAUUAA